AUGCCCUCUCAUCGCCGACCCUGCCCCCACCCCCCCCCCCCCUCCGGCACCCCCAGAGUUCACGGGAGACGAUUCUACGAGGCGGCGCGUGCAGCGGUGGAGGGCGUGCUGCAGGGGGGGGGCGUGCCCAUGGCGGUGGGCGGCACGGGACUCUACCUCGCAUGGCUGCUGUGCGGCCUCCUCGCCACGCCCCCCUCGUGCCCCUCGUGCCCCACGCUUGAGCGCGCCAUGGCUGCCAAGAUCCACGCCACUGUCAUGCGCGCCCGGCAGGCCAGGGCUGCCAGGGGGGAUGAGCGGAGCAUAGUGGCGGGUGGUGGGGUAGACGAGGCAGCAGGUGGACGUGAGGGGGAUGCAGAAGAGGGAGUGAUGGAGGGACAGGCGUUAGUAGGCGACUCAGGGCAAGAGUGGUGGAAGGAUAAUGGUGGAGGAGUGUCCCGCAUCCAGCAGGCCAGGGACAGUGAGCCACUCAAAAUCGCCCGCACAACCAUCCCCUCCUUCCCUCUUUACCUCUUUUUCACUCCUCUUCACCUUGAUGACAAUUUUCCGUCCUUUCCACAUCACGCCCUUUUCAUCAGCGCCUCUGUAAGCCUCUGCCUGUCUCCCUCCCUCAGGCCGCAGGUCGGCCGCGAUAAGAGAUCACCACCGCUGCACCUUCCUCUCACCAUUGCCUUCGCCUACACCACACAAUGCCACGCGCCUUUCUCAACCCCACGGCACCCCUUCGUCCUCAUGCCUCCAUCUCUUGCCUUCCUCUGCAUGCCCCAUCGCCCCGCGCCCUCACUCGUGCUCUCUCCGCCUGUGUGGCGGGCAAGUGGGCUGCUGGAGGAGAGCCUGGCGCUGCUGCGAGCAGGGCUGCAGCCCGACUGUUCGUCGCCCACACGCGUCAUCGGCUACCGCCAGGCCAUGUCCUUCCUGCUGCACUGCCAGCGCCUCAUGGACUGUACUCGGGUGCACUUGCUCAAUCGAUUCUUGCCUCCCCAUGAGGAGCUGGUGCGGAUGGUGCUGCGAGACUUUGAUGGGCCGACAGGUGGGGAGGGGCACGUAGGUGGGGAGGGGCACGCGGAUGUGGAGGGGAGGUUUGGGGCAGAGAGCGAAGGGGGGCUGGGUGGUGUUGGAGGAGGAGGGGGCAGUGCGGGGGCGUGUGAGAAGUUGUGCAUGGGUGGUGCACCAUGCCGGGCAGGCAGGUCAGGCCAGCCGUCCAUGCAGCUCACCGUGCUGCCGUGCCUCCCCAAUGUGGAUUUCACAGGAUCUACUGCGACCAGCAUGCCAUCGCUGCCACGGUGGCGUGGAUUUGAGCCAAUGUCACGCCGCACCAACAAAGCUCACACAGCGAGCAAGGCAAUGCUGUUGCUGCAGGUGUGCUCGUUACAGAGACAUGAGAAGCCACAUCACAGCCUGCUGUGA